AUGGCGGCGUCUGCACCCUCCUCUGGCGGAGAACCAGAUCCCAACUCGACAAAUUUACGACCACCGGGCUCAAGCUAUGAUGCCUGGUGUGGAGUGGCCCAUGGAUGUACUAGGACAUUGGGAAUGAAGAUAUGUGGGUUUUUGCAGAAGAACAACAGUCUGGAGGAGAGGAGCCGCUUCGUGAGCUCCUUGAAGGAGCGCGCAGCCCGGAACCUGCUGACCUGCGAUAACACCGGAGGAGGAGACGCGCACUACAGGCGCACCGACACCGACUUCUCCAACCUGUUCGCCAGAGAUCUGCUGCCCGCCAAAAAUGGAGAAGAGCCGACAAUGCAGUUCUUACUGGAGGUUGUGGAAAUCCUCACCAACUACGUGCGGAAGACCUUUGACCGAUCAACCAAGGUCCUGGACUUCCACCACCCCCACCAGUUGCUGGAGGGCAUGGAGGGCUUCAACCUGGAGCUCUCCGACCAGCCCGAGUCUCUGGAGCAGAUCCUGGUGGACUGCCGGGACACCUUGAAGUAUGGAGUGAGAACAGGUCACCCCAGGUUCUUUAACCAGCUGUCCACUGGACUAGACAUUGUUGGGUUGGCAGGAGAGUGGCUUACCUCUACAGCCAACACCAAUAUGUUCACCUAUGAGAUCGCCCCCGUCUUUGUGCUCAUGGAGCAGCUGACGCUGAAGAAGAUGAGAGAGAUGAUCGGCUGGCCUGAUGGAGAGGGCGAUGGGAUAUUUUCUCCAGGAGGAGCAAUCUCUAACAUGUACAGUGUGAUGAUUGCCAGAUACAAGUUCUUCCCUGAAGUUAAAACCAAAGGCAUGGCAGCUGCACCCAGACUGGUCCUCUUCACCUCAGAGCAUAGUCACUAUUCCAUUAAGAAAGCCAGUGCAGCUCUGGGCUUUGGGACUGAGAACCUGAUCCUUUUGAACACAGAUAAGAGAGGGAGAGUCAUUCCUGCUGAUUUGGAAGCCAAAGUAAUAGAGGCCAAGCAAAAGGGGUACGUUCCGAUGUUUGUGAAUGCCACCGCUGGUACCACCGUCUAUGGAGCCUUUGAUCCCAUCAAUGAAAUUGCAGACAUCUGUGAAAAGUACAACAUGUGGCUUCAUGUGGACGGCGCAUGGGGAGGAGGCUUGCUGAUGUCCAGGAAGCACAGACACAAGCUGAAUGGAGUGGAGAGGGCCAACUCAGUCACCUGGAACCCUCACAAAAUGAUGGGCGUGCCGCUGCAGUGCUCUGCCGUUCUGGUCAGAGAGUGGGGAUUAUUACAAGGCUGCAACUCCAUGUGUGCUGGCUACCUGUUCCAGACAGAUAAACAGUAUGACGUCACAUACGACACGGGGGACAAGGCCAUUCAGUGUGGACGUCAUGUCGAUAUCUUCAAGUUCUGGCUCAUGUGGAAGGCAAAGGGAACCGUAGGAUUUGAACAGCAUAUUGACAAGUGCCUGGAUCUGUCAGCGCACCUCUACAAUAUAGUAAAAAACAGAGAAGGCUUCGAGUUGGUAUUCGACGGGGAGCCGCAGCACACUAAUGUGUGUUUCUGGUAUAUUCCACCGAGUGUGCGCGGCCUGCCUGAUGGGGACGAGAGGCGGGAGAGGUUGCACAAGGUGGCUCCAAAGAUCAAGGCAUUGAUGAUGGAGUCUGGCACUACGAUGGUGGGCUACCAGCCACAAGGAAACAAGGUCAACUUCUUCCGCAUGGUCAUCUCAAACCCGGCUGCUACGAUGUCAGACAUCGAUUUCCUGAUCGAAGAGAUUGAGCAGCUGGGGCACGACUUGUAAGAGCCACACUUGAGCCAUUAUCCCCGAAACAUGUCAGACUCUGUAGAGCACAGGUGUCAAACACAAGGCCCGCGGGCCAAUGUGACCCUCCACAUCAUUUCAUGUGGCCCCCAAUGGCUUGAAAGACGUACGAUCACCUAUUCUUAAAGAAAUUUAUGAAAAUUAUAUCGUGCUUUUAUUUUGAAGGUUUCAAAUUAAAUGGAUUUAUGUUAUAAUAUUAGAGACUUUUUUUAUUAAUAUUUCUACACUCGAAGAAAUAAUAAUUAAAUGCAAAGAGAGUUCUUUAACAAUAUUUUGGGGAGUAGUUUAUACGUUUAUAUACUUAUGUUACAACCGGCCCUUUAAGAGGCAGCGAUGAUGCGGAUGUGGCCCGCAGUGAAAAUGAAUUUGACACCCCUGCUGUCGAGCCUUGAGCUUGGCUUCAUGUCCCCUUUGCCUCAUAAAGACGUUGCAUUUCGCUUACAGAUCUUCUCUGGCAAUGCACAAGAAACAAUACGCCAUUUGUGUCUCUUCUCUAUGUCUUCUGUCUUUAUUAGCAGUGACUUAUAUUCCAAACAUCUGCACACAAGGUUACCUGAGUAAUAAAGGCUGUGAGAGAAUCACUAAAGCACCCUGGUAUUCUUGCUAAACCAUAAUAACUUGAAAUGAACACAUAUAAGAAUGUCUAUUACAUGAAGUAUCAGAGCACAAUGUCGGGAACAUGAUAGCAUUAUGUAUGUAUACUGACUGUUGGUGCUCCAUGUUGUCUGUGUAAUUAUCAAGCCAGAUGCACCGCCGCAUUGUAACCUAUCUGUUAUUUCUUUUUGAUAUUACAUGGGUGGAAAUAUAUAACACAAUCAUUGUACUUGAUCGCUGUGUUUUUAGAGAUUUUUGUGUAGAUUGUGUAUAGUAUUGUUACAUUGCCUUUGUGCCAAAUGUGUCCUAGUUUUACAGUGAAAAUAAUCCUCUCUCUAAGUCGACCAUACAGUAUAGAAUGUAAAAGAUGAAUCACUUUAUUUAUAUCCAGAGGUUCUAAUUGUGAAUAGGUUACCUGCUGCUCGUUUCCAGUUGUAAUGUACGCUUCCCAUUGGGAAACCCUGCUGUACGAUAUCACAAUGUUUUGAACAACAUUGAAUUAUUUUAGUGUAUUUGUGAACCAAAGAAGGGUUGAGGUACAUUGAUUAACAUUCCCUUACUCUCCCUUAUGAAUGAGUUCAAGAUGUUUAUACAUGAAACUUAAUUUACUGCCCGUAACUUUAGUGCAAUCUAUGUUUGUGUAACUGUGUAAUGUCAUUGUGAUUCACUGACUGAAUGUCAUCCAGACACUCGAUGUAGGAGGGAGCAUGACUGCUUCUGCCGGGGCUUUCUUCAGGAUAGAAAGCGGAGUGCUGAACUGUAACCAUCGGGUAUCUUUUAUUACCCAGACGUAAUGAUUGUCUGUAUUAUAAUCUGUUAAGUGGAGAAAAACUAAUAUAUGCCACAUUUUGUUUGUCUUAACAUUCUCACUAUGGUAAAAUGUUUAUGUUGAGAAUAACAAUGUGAGAAACUCUGAUUAUUUAUCAUAAAUAAUUUAGCUUGAACAAUGAAAGGCAUAGUGUUUGCCGCUGUAAUAUGAUUUAUUGAACAGUUGUACAUUCCUGAAUUAGUGGGAUGCAAUAUCCCUUGUAGGCACUUUAUGUCAUCAUUU